AUGGAUUAAGAAAAAAGUCUGAUUGAUUUGAAACAGGCAUUGGCUUAUCGCAAUAGGAGCAAGGACAUUAUUGAUGUAAUUGCAAAGGGAGUUUAGGAUCUUAAAUUCUUCAGAGAAAAAUAGUAGUUAUUUGAUCCAGCAUUAUAUUGUUAGAUGCUUAAAAAAAUCUAGCUGAAGGAAUUAUAAAAAGGAGAGGUCGUAUUUCAUUAUGGUUCUAAUAAUGUUGAAUAGUUUUAUGUAAUUCUAAAGGGGUAAGUUGCAAUUCUAUGUCCAAACGAUAAAAACAUUACUCAUCAAUAAGUUAUAGAAGAAUAUUAAAAGGGGAUCGAUUCUAAUCCCACCCAGCAAAGAAGAUCAUCAGCAGUCUGUAGUCCCCGCUUGUCAGCCUUUAAUAAUAGGGCUCUGAAGGAUAUCAUAAUGGCACAGGCUUAUGGCAAUUUUCUAGGGAUCAGUAAUUAUUCAAUUAUAUAGUUGAUUUUUGUAGAUAUUCAAAAAGUCGAUUAAGAAUCCUUAAUUGAAGAAUAUACCAAUAAUCCCAAUAGAAUAUCAGUUGAUAAAUGGUUGGAUAAUUUGGUGAAAAGACUCUUUCCAAGUUUGCACAUAGUGAAUAUGUGUGGUUCAGGAGACCAAUUCGGGGAGAUUGCUCUUAUAGGCAAUGUGACUAGGACAGCCACUGUGUUGUGCACUUAGGAUACAGCGAUGAUUACUUUAGCCAAUCCGGAUUUCAGAGCUAUUUUAUAAUAAUAUCAUGAUCAGGUGAAGAAUGAAAAGAUUUCGCUCCUCAGAAACUUUGAACUCUUUAGCAAAUUAAAUGAUAAACGACUUAGAGGCAUUCUGGAGUAUAUAGUCGUUUAAAAGCCUACUAUGUUUAGUAUCAUUUAUAUGGAAAAUUCAAAUCCAGAAUAUAUCUAUUUUAUCAAGCAAGGAGAAAUUGAAUUGCUCAAAGUAUUUCCUAAGAACAGAACUGUCUCAAUUACCUUACUUUAAGUAGGUUGCGUCUUUGGACAUGAAGAGGUUUAGUAAUCCAUUCCUAGAGAAUACAGAGCUGUUUCUAAGUCUUCUCAGUGUGAAUUAUAUUUAUUACCUGUUGAAACUAUAUAAUAAUUCGAGAAAAAGGACGCGUAAUCUUUGGAGAAGAGGUUUCAUCAUUCAAGAUUGUAAAGGUUAUUAAACGAUAAAAAAAUAUAGAAGCCUAGUUCAAAAAAAACAUAGACUUCAAUUGAGUUGUAUAAGACAGUGUUUGGAGAGGAUUAUUCAAAUCUUUUUAACCAUGAAUUGCUUUAAAAAAGGUAUAAUUUAAGACUACUUAGAAUGAUAUCACCAAGACACAGAAAAAUAAUGACAGAGACUUUCACGCCUUUAUUUGAUAUGGAUAAGAAAUACUUCACUUCCAAGAAGCAAUUGACCGAAAGGAAAACCAUUAGCACAACUACCACUAGAUAAAAUAAAGAAAACUCGGCAAGACAAAUCAGCACUUAGAGUACAAUCAAUAUACACAGACACUUAUUUAGUCCUAGAAUCAGCAAAAGGCAAUUGGACACCAUAAUGCCCUUUAGAAAAAUUGCAUAACAAUGA